AGAAUGUCCUCCUCAGCUUCAACAACGGACCUCCGCGUCCUCACCCGGAAGCUCACUUCCGUCCCGCCGGCGCAGCUCCCGCAUGCUCUCCCUUCCCUCAUCCGCCACGUCCUUCGAUGCCGCGAUGCGCUGUCCGCGCCUCAGGAUCCCAAGCUCAAAGGCGAUGCCUCCCAGACGUCUAUGCUUGUGCACAAGCUCAAGACCAGCAUCACUACUCACUUGAACGGCCGGAGCCGCGAGGGCAGAUUCGCCGCCAUUGGCCUGAUCAAGGCAGCCGUCGACGUUGGAGGCUGGGAGACUCUGCGCGGCUCUGAGGCCUGGGUGCGCGGACUGCUCUCUAUUAUACAGAAAGGCGACCCUGCGGCGUCCAAAGAACUGGCUGUUGUCACUCUCACGAAAAUUUUCAUGCUCGUUCACCCUUAUCAGACCCUCGUGCGAGAAGUUGCCACGCCUUUCCUGCCUGCUUUUGGCACGGCAUGCCUUCAGCUCAUCAAGCACAAAGCCGAAGCGCAGACCUCUGCGCCUUUGACUUUGGUUGAAACCAUCUGCAGCUCAUUUUCCACUCUGAUCCCCUUGUACCCGCCGACGUUCCGCCCUUUCAGCUCCCAGAUCCGGACCGCGGUCGGCGUCUACCUGGCGCCUACCUGCUCGGAUGAAAUCUCCGUCCCCGUGUCUCUACAGCGAGCUGCUAGGCGUCUCGUCGCCUCCCUUCACUUCGUUGCGGCCAAGUCCAGCGGCGGCGAAGAAUGGGCCAAGCUCGUCGACGGAAUCAUCCAGGAGUUCCACACCACCGCCGACCAGGUCCUUCGAGCCGUCGACGAGUCGUGGGAGGCAACCAGUGGUCGUUCACGAUCCCAGGUCGACGUCGAUGGGGAGCCUCAUGGCCAAGGCAGCUCUGUCGACAAUCUGCCUGCCUGGUCCGGUCUCGAGGCCGGUGCCGAGCGGUUGAUUGGGCUCUUCCACUUCCUCGCCGACCUGCUCAGCUAUCCUACCAAGGCUGCUGUUACCAUCCCCAUCAGCGGCCUGGUCGAUACCGUAUCGAGAGUUUGCCUGAUCGCCCGGCUGUCCAAGUCCCAGACCUGGGAACAAGCCGUCGAAACCAACUCGGCCAUUGGCAGAGAAGAAAAGGAGGAACUAUGGAGCUUGAUGCCCGACAUCCACGUCGCAGCAAUGAAGCUCGUCAUCGCUCUGUUUGAGAGGCUGCAAAGACACAUGCUACCCCUGGUCCCCGAAAUCCUGGACCACCUCAUCCGUGUCUUCAAGUCGGGCAUCAGCAUCCCCUCGGUCCGCGUAGCCGGAUACACCACUCUCAACACCAUCCUCCAGCUUGCCGGGCCAACACUAUCCAAGCCUGCCGUGGACAUGCUGGACCCCCUCGUCGGGGCAUGCUGCCGAGACCUCCAGCAAGACGCCGGCUUCCUCAAGCCCGCCGACAAACCUACCACCACCACCACUGCAACCCCCUCCCAGAAAGGCCCAAAGAACGGCGCCGCCACCGUCAACACAGACCUCUUCCUCCAACCCACCGCCGCCGCCGCCGCAACCGAACCCCCGACCCUGGAACCGCACCACAGGAACGCCGCCAGCGCCCUUCUCGCCGCCAUCCUCGCCCAGCUCCCGCAGUCGCACCUCAAGCCCGCCCUCCGCGGCCACCUCGACAAGACGGCCAUCCUGACGCGCAGCCGCGACGCCAUGCUCGCCAGCGUGCUCAACCCGUACAGGGACCAGCACGGCAGGAUGUAUCCCAGCAUCUUGCCCCAUCUGGUGCAGCAGUUCCCGCACGAUCAAGGGCUGGAGAUUUUGCGCAGCAAUCUGCGGACUAGUGGCGUCCAGGGCGCCGGAAGCGAAAUGUUUGCCUCGCUAAGCGAGGUCGCUGAAUUGCAGCAGAUCGAUGAAGAGGAGGAGGAGGAGGCCGAGCAGGAAGAAGGAAAGGAGGAGAAGAAAUCCGAUGAGGAAAUGCAAGAUCCAUCGUCGGAGAAGGAAGCAGCAGCAGCAGCAGCCUCCCCAUCCAACACCAAGAUCGACCUCCCAGUUCAGAGCACCGUCACCGCCCCCAACCCCUUCGAGCCUCGCGCCUCAAAGAGCACCGGGAGGGCAGCUUCCCCGCCCAAGAGGAAGCACGAGGGGCCGGACGUGCCGGUCAACCCCAAGAGACAGGAGCUCGAAAAGACGGAACCCGCCGCGGCCUCGGCCUCGGUUACUGCGCUGCAGACGAAAGGGGGUGAGAAGGAGAGUGGACAGCAAGAAGAGUCAGAUAGCGACGACGACGAGGGAAGCGUGCACUUGAAUAUGGAGCUGGAUGAUGAUGAAGAGGAGGAAGAUGAAGAAGAAGAAGAGUAG